UCCGGCGGUGGCGGCAGCGGCGAGCCGAGCGGCGCCAAGUUCGACUUCUCGCGGCUGGCCGAGUCGGCCACGGAGCCGAGCCCGGCCGGUGGUGCGCCGCCACCGCCGCCGCCGCCGCUUUCGCUGCUGCAGCCGUACCGGCCGCUGCUGCUGCCGGCGCUCUUCCCGGGCCUGUCAGCCGUGUUGCCGCUCACCCGGCGGCCCGGACCUGGCCGCGGCCGCGCCGCCCGCCCCAAGAAGCAGUUCAUCUGCCAGUAUUGCCAGCGCCAUUUUACGAAGAGCUACAACCUGCUGAUUCACGAGCGCACGCACACGGACGAGCGGCCCUUCUCCUGCGACAUCUGCAGCAAGGCCUUCCGCCGGCAGGACCACCUUCGGGACCACAGGUACAUCCACUCCAAAGAGAAGCCGUUUGUGUGCGGCGUCUGCGGCAAGGGCUUCUGUCAGUCGCGCACGCUGGCCGUGCACAAGAUCCUGCACAUGGAGGAGUCGCCGCACCGCUGUCCCACGUGCAGCCGCAGCUUCAACCAGCGCUCCAACUUGAAGACCCACCUGCUGACGCACACCGACAUCCGGCCGUACUGCUGCACCGGCUGCAGUAAGGUGUUCCGGCGCAACUGUGACCUUCGCCGCCACCUACUGACGCACAGCCUGGGCCCGCCAGAGGACGCCGACGCCGAGGCCGGGCCGGUCGACCCGCUGGACAGCCCCCCGGGCGUGCCCAGGACCAGCCAGCCGGUCCGCGACCUGGGGCUGACGGAUGGUGACGGGAGCGAAGCGGGGUCAGCCGACGUGCCGUUCCCACUCGAGACUACUCAGCUGACGCGCAACCAGAGACUGACGCAGGACGGGGGAGGCUCGGCGGCCUCCAUGGGCGGCGGGGGCGAGCGUAGCGCGGGACAGCCCGAGACCCUGUGUGUCCACAUGCAGGCGGACAAGGCGCGUUGUCUGGUUACGAACGCGUCGCCCGCCUCCGGCUCCCCGGCCAGGGCUGCCACCUUCACCAUAGACGCGCUCAUGUCCUGAGCAGCGUCACGUUGUCACGUGCUGAGAGUUCGUCUCCACCCCGUCUCCACGCAGCCCUGAAAGGACGGCCUGAUGUGUGCCUCGGCCGGCCGCGAGCGUCGGCCUGGUGUCGGGCAUGUCCUGCCAGGGCAGUGGUGCGACCUGAGCGGGCCUUUUAAGCACGCUGUGGCAUGAUCAUAAGCACGCUGUGGCACGAUCAGUUACGUAAUGCCGCUUGGCACUUAUGUCUGGCCCGAUGUGAAUUGUGGCCUUCUCCACAUAUGUGGCCGGUCCGGUGCGCUGGACCGGCCAUAUGUGGUUAGAACUGCAGUCGCACUGCAGGUGAAGUCACAAUGCAGUGCAGCUUGUGACCAUGCUCGUGUUAGGCGCAGUGUGUGAGGUGUGAUUGGUGGCGACACAAGACCCGGGUAGUUGGAAAACUGCCUCUAACCUAAACGUCCAUACUUGAUGCAACACGCGGACAUUUGAGCACGAUAAAGACGUCCAACAUGCGCUUUGCAAGCAUCAGUCGUUGCCACUAUUGUGAUCUUGCUGUAAGAAGACUGUGCAUAGGGAGAAAUGGGGAGUGGUGAUUUAGAAUGGGAACUUUGCUCCAACGCAUCAUUAGUAUGGAUAGCGUGCAGUUUACGCGGUUGAUUGUUAAUAGGACAACCUUUUAAACGAAGUGCCAUUUUCGCUGCCAAGCAGCAGAUUUUAAGUCCAGUGAAUGGACAGCAUGCCACAUCUGAUCGCAGGGUCAUAGCGUGUCUCCGAUGUAGACCUAUGCCGGGGCAUUUCCCAUAAAGACAGUGCUGAGAUGUGAUGACGGUGUGCUGGUUGUUGCUCGUUGUGGGAGUACAGCCCUCUCUUCUACAGCGGCCGCGGUUGGAUGCAGACCGAGGCUGAAAACUACUGCCAUGCUGCGUGCCAACCCCACGAGUGAAGGUGCUAUCGUGCGAGCUAUGCUGAAUACAAACCAAUGAUGCAUUUCGUAUGAUGACUUUUUUAAUUGGACACUUGAAAUAGUUAGUUUUGGGGUGCGUUGGCAUGUGUGAGAGAUCGUGGCGCCUCUUCCAGAUCGACAGUUUGUGGUUCUGCCGUGAGGUCGUUCUUAAAGGCUUGCCAAUAAAGUUUUUUUCAAAUACUGUUUGCUGUGUGGCGAAAAAUGUUUGUGCUUCCAGAAUAUAUU